CAACAAUAUAAUAAUUAAAAAAAAAUAAAAAAAAAACUAUUAAAUGAAAAAAAAUUUAAAGUUAUAAAUAAAAUGUCCUGAUAUUUUCCUUGUGAACAAAAAAAAAUUAUUUUAUUUUUUAACUUCUUCCUCUUCAAUAAAUACUAUACAAAAGUAUUAAACCACAAGACGAUUUUAAAAUUAAAUAAAAUGUAGUUAAAAAAUAUGAAAAAGAAAUUUUAUUUAAAGUUUCGCACAAAGAAAAUCAAUACGAAUACACGUAUAAAAAUUGUACAUAUAUAAAAUAAAAUUUAAAAAAAUCUGGAUAGUGAAUUGUAAAUAAAUAUUUAAAAUAUAAAAUAAUUAUUUUUUGAGUGCCAAGAUAAUUACUUUACAAAAAAAAAAAAAGAAAAUUUUAAUUUAAUAAAAACAGAAUAAACGGCGCAUUUAAAUAAGAAAACCAAAUUUAUUUAUAUAAAAUUUUAUUAUGUUAACAGAUACUAGAAAUGGGCAAGAGUAUAUAAAAGGAUAAAUACAACCGAAUCUAAAUAAAAUUGAAAACGCACUUACCAUAUAUUCAAAAAAGGAAAACGAAAUUACAUUCAAAAUUCUAAAGAAAAUCUAAAUAUUUUUUUUUAAAUUAUUCAAUAAAAAUAAAAGAAGGGAAAAAAUGGGAAACGUAUGCAGCUCUGGUCAAAAGAAAAAGGAUGGCGAUAAUACAUCUGAAAAAUCUGAAGAGUCACCUUCAUAUCAAUUGGCUGAAAAAAAUAAGGAUAACACAAAACAAUCAAAUAUACAAAAAGGAGCUCCAUUAGCAGAUCCAGAACAAAUUUCUGAUUUAUCAACAGCAGGGCAAAAUUUAUUACAAGCAGGAAAUCAAUCAACUACAAUUCAUUCCCCAACAAAUGGCAACAUUGGUAAUAAAGGAUCUUCAAAUCAACAUGACUCCGUAACUAGCACACCACAAACUCUCGAUGCACCAUGUGAUAUACCACAACCAGCAUUUGUUAAUAAUCUUCCACCAAAUUUAAUUACAUUGCAAGGUAAACCAGUAAAUAGUCGACGAACAGAAAGAGACAGAAAAAUUGUUUUAUAUUUAUUAUCUGCUGAUAAUGAACACAAAAAAGAAAAAUCAAUAUUACACAGCAUAUAUCCUAGUUUACAACAACGUGCCUCAUAUCGAGGAUUUGAAGUUUUGAUAUCGAAUGCACAUGGAAAUAUUGAGACUGAUAGCAAUUAUAAUAAUAGUACAGCUAAUGGCAGCAAUAAUAGUUCAAACGAUAAUAUGGAUGAAGAGAAGAAAUUAGCAAAAAUUUUAGAUAUAGAUAAAUGGACAGAUAGACCACAUGAAGCACAAGGUGGACAUGAAGAAGCUGCCAAUUGUUUAGCUGAAAUAUCACGUCAUUCAAAUUUCUCAUAUAUUAUACCCGUAUUAUUUUUGGGUACAUCGCUUGGUACACCGCUAUUACCAUUAACAAUUGAAAGUUCAGAUUUUACAAGCGCAUUAAAUACAGCGGAUACAACUAAAAAGAAAUCAUUAUUAGAGAAAUACUAUAAAUUAGAUAGUACAGCACAACCACCAUGUUAUCGUUUAAAUUCAACAUUUGCUCAAUCACAAUUAUCAGAUUUAGAUGCAACCAAUUCUGAAUUAAAUGAUUUAUUAACAGCUCUUAUUGAAAUUUUUUCAAAAGAAUUAAGAGACUCAUAUUUAACGACGGUUGUUGAAUUAGAAAUUAACAAUACGGUAUUGAUUAGUCAAGAAUUAUCAAAACGUUGUGUUUGGGUACAGACUGGUAGUCAACCACCUAAAUUGUCAGACAAUCCAACAUUAUUAGAAGUUGAAAUGAAUCGACGUUUAAUAUCAAUUCAUAGCGACCUUAAAAAUCAAUUAUCAGAAAAGAAUUUAAUACGGAUACCACCAACAAUACAAGUUCAAGAAGAUCAAUUAGCUGCAAUAAUGGAAUCUUUAAUAAAUACUGUAAUUGAUGCCAUUGUUGAGGAGCAUGCUCAUAAAUUUUCAAUACCAACAUGCACGUUUGGUGUUGAUAAAAGGCUGUUAAGUGAAAUUGAAAUGGUUAGUCAAUAUUCAAAAGUUUUAGGACAGAAUUGUGCAAAUUUUGCUAUAAUGGACAAAGUAAAAAGUUACUUAAGUGGAUCAACAGCAGCUCCGUUAAUUAUUUAUGGUACCGAAGGAUGUGGAAAAAGCGUAUUAGCUGCUAAAAUUAUGCAUACUGUACAUGCACUGUUACCAGAAUGCAGUUUGAUUUUAAGAUAUGUCAGUCUUACCGAUCUUUCUAGACAUUUAGUUUCACUAAUUGGUUCCAUAGCUGAACAAAUUUCUGUAAUAACAUUAAAUGAACCAUGCCGAGUUAAUCAUACUUUAGAAGCAUAUUCAGAAUUUAUUCGAACUACUUUAGAAACAGUUAAACAUACUCUAGUUAUUGUAAUUGAUUCUUUGGAUGAGUUAAUCGGUACUGAAACUAUAAGUUGGCUUCCAACAAAACUUCCAUCAAAUAUAAAAAUUGUGAUAACAACCGCAAUAUCAGCCAAAUCAUCAAAUUGGUUAUUAGAUAAAUUGAAACAAACCGAUAUACCAAAAGAAAAUUAUAUUGAAUUAACAAAAUUCUCUGAUGAACAAUGGCGUGAUGUUUUAAGUUAUGGAGGUGGCGAUUUUUAUGCAUCAAAUGGUACAUUACAAUUACCAGAAAAGUGGCGUACAGCGACAGAUAAAACACCAUUACAAGCAAAAGUAUUAUGGUGGCUUGCGUGGUUAGGUGUAUGUGAUAUUGAAGAUACCACAACCUCAAAAAUUGUUGAAAAAAUUUUCGAUACACUAGAAAUAAAGUUUGGUAAAGAACUGACAGAAUUUUUGAUAGCAAUGAUUGUUGCGGGAAAUGGAAUUUUGGAAACAGAUUUAAUACAACUUUUGGAUGAAUCGAAAAUCGUAAAAGAUUCUGUUGCAUCCAAAGCUUGGUUUAAAUUCUGUUGGCUGAUGGGACCAAUGUUAUUGCACAGUAAUUUAAUUAUAAUGAUGGAUAAAAAAAUUAGAAUGGCUGCAUCCCAACGAUAUAGUAACAAAGUGAAUGAAGCACAUAAAUUACUUUUUGAUUUCUAUACAAAACAAAAUUUAAUAUUUUCUGAUAAAAAAGGAAAAUAUAAAUGCUACAAUGAACAAAAGCUUCUUAAACUGCCUUAUCAUGCAUUUAUGAUUGAAUUAAGUAAUAAUCAACAACAAUCAAUAGCAGCAACAACAAAUUCAUUUACAAAUUCAAUAUACCUAACUGAUUUACAAUGGAUUCAUGAUAAAUUAGUUGCAACUGGAUGUGUUCAAAUACUUAGUGACAUAUUUUUAGCUGAAAGCCAAUUAAAUAAAUCUGGUUUAAAAUUAGAUAGUCAGGCUCAUUUGAUAAUAUUGAAGCAAUUUAUUGAAACACAUGUACCGGAAUUAAAUUAUGAUGGUGACCAAUUUUAUACUCUAUUCAAUAGCUACAUACAAAAUUCAUCAAAAACAAAUCCAAUCAUAUUAAAAUCAAAUAUUAUAAAUAAAUGGAAAGAAUAUUUAAUUGGUAUUAAAUCAACGUAUUUGGAAAGAUUAAAUCAAUUAACACCCAGUAAUGAAGAACAAAAUGGUCCAAAUAUUGAUGAUAAAACAAUAGAUGAUAAUGACAAAAAGACGCGUUUUGAUAAUAUCAUGAAUUUAAAUGGUAAAGGAUAUUUUGUUGCAUCAAUAAGUACAUCACGUGAAGAAAUUUGUGUAUGGGAUGUUUCGAAAUGUAAACGGGUUCGCACAUUAAAAGGCGUUCCACAACCAACUUCUAUGUGCCCAGUUGGUGAUUAUGGAGCAGCUGUAUUAUGUAAACGAGAAAUCAAAGUUAUUGAUUUAGAUCAGGGAAAAUUCAAGGUUACAUUAAAAGGAGUUAUGAAUCAGAAAAUGCCAUAUUUUGGCUUACAUAAUUCAACGCAUUUAGUUUGUUUGUCACGUAAUCGAAUGUAUGUAAACCUUAUGAAUUUAGAAACUGGCGAUUGUGUAACAACAUUUAAAGCAGGUGAAGAUAGAUUCUUAAAUUCAUUAUUAGUCUCAGGAGAUGGAAGAAUUCUUGUGUGUGGUGAUGAAACACAAAAACCUUUUCCAUUAUUGGUUUGGCAUUUAUCACAACGUAAAUUACUUUAUGAUUUACGUAUACCACAUCAUGAUUUUAUAACAUCAUUAUCAGCAAUCACGCAUGAAGGUUCAUAUGUAUGUGUUGUUGCAAAAGAAUUAAAUGAACCGACACCAAAUUUUAUUGUUGUAUAUGAUUUACAAAGUGGAACAUUAUUUAAGAAAUGGAAACCGUCCUGUAAUACUGUAUCAUUAGCCAUAUCACAAACAAAUGCAUGUGUUAUUGCUGGUCUUGAAGAUGCAAGAAUAUUAAUAUGGGAUUUAGUAACUGGUAAUUGUCGUUGUACAUUACAAGGACAUAAUGCACCAGUCACAUUAUUGAAACUAGAUCCAUUAGGUAAAAUAUUAUUGUCAGGUGAUGAAGAAGGCAGAGAUAUGUCAAUAAGAUUAUGGGAAUUGGAUACAGGAAAAUCUUUAGCUGUUUAUACACCACCAGCGAAAAUUUCCACUUGUGAAAUAUUACCAAAUGGAAAAUAUAUCAUAUUAGCAUUACAAAAUCAUAUUAAUUUAAUGACAUUAACAUUACGAAAUUAUUUAGAAAAUGAAGAAAAGGAUAUGGAAAAUGUUAUAUAUGGUAGCGCAGAUAACGAUGGCAAAAUAUUUGAUUUAAAAAAUGAAAACUAAAAGAAUUUUAACUUACAAAAAAAAUUUAGAAAAGACAAAUUAAAAGGAAAAUAGAAAAUUAUAGAAAAUUGAAAAGACGAAAAAGCAAAAAAAAUUAUAAAAAAAAAAAAUCAUAAAUUUGUAAAUAUUUUUUUUGUCUAAAAAUAUUUUUAUUACUACAAUUAAUUAUUUAAAAACAGAAACAAUGUCGCUUUAAAAAAAAACCCUAUCGCCAAAAAAAAAAAGAAAAUAUCAAUGAAAUUUCAUUAAAAUUUGCCAGUUUUUAAAUAUUUAUGCUUUUCUUUUUAAAUAUUUUAUUCAAUAAUCAUUGAUUAUAGUUAAAAAAAAUACAAGUAAAUUUAAUUAUAAGUAUAUGAAAUUAACUUUAAUGUAAUACGAAAAUUAAAAAAAAAACAAUUAAAGAUUACUUAAGUAAUCAUUAAAUUUGAAAUCAAUAUGAAAAAUCCCAAUGUACAAGUAUGAAAUACCCAGAAUUAACAAAAAUUUAUAGUAUACGGUAUAUCCUUAUAUUUAUAAUUGCAUUGUAAUAUAUAUUCCAACAAAAUUCAGCAGAUUAUGACCUGAAUUGUAUACAGCACUAUUUAGAUGUCACACGAACUGCCUUCAUAAUUCGAAUGAUUAAGGCAAGAAUAAAGCAGAGCAAUACAAUACUCAGACUAAAGAAAUCUAAAUUUAUGUAAACUAAAAUUAAAAAAUAUUGUACUGACUGCGCUAAUAGUAUCAAACGAUCAUUAAUGUAUAAAUUACAUAAAUACAAAAGAAAAAAUACUAAUAUUUCAAAUAUUUUCCAAUGAACACAAAUUUUGUAAUUUUUAUCCAAAAUCUAUUAAAAUGUGGUAUUUUCAAUUAAAAAUAUACUUCUUUUUAAAUAAUCUAAAUUUAUAAUUUAUUAUAACAAAUAAAUAUUGUUCGUAUUACAAUUAAAGUUAAAAUAAUUAUUUUUAAAAAUAAUGCUGGCAUUUAUAACAUUUUACAAAACAUUUUAUAUUUAUUAAAAAUAAAAUUAAAAAAAAAGAAAUUUAAUUUUAAAUUGAAAUCAACACAAAAAAAUAAUUAUAGAAAAAAUAAGAAAAAAAAA